AUGACGCACUGUGUAGGCGCCACUGCCUGGCCGAGCAGUUGGGGCCCGAUGGAGCGGGAGCAGUUGGUGCGGAAGGUGGUCGUACUGCAGGCCUGCGUCCGGGGUUUCCUGGUCCGACGUCAGUUCCAGCGUCUACGCGCUGAGUAUGAAGCUAUUGUACAAGAGCUCGAGGAUGAUCUGGGCACGCUACAGUGGACUGAGGGCUGGAUUCCCAGACCUCAAUUUCUCCCGCAGAAGGCCAAAUCCCAUCGGACCUGGAAAGCCGGAGGGAGGGUACAAAAGCCAGAACAGGAACUAUGGAGCUGCUUCUCACAUAAGAGUCCUGAGAGAGAGGUCAUCCAGGAGGAGAGGAUGCUGAAGAAGUCAGGAGAGAGCUCAGCAAACUCAGAUAGUCUUCCCUGCAUAGAUGACAGCCCCUGGCUUCAGGACGAGCAAAGCAGGAAAACCAGGAAAUCCAGCCAAGAGGAGACCAGAGAUAAGUCAAGGAUGGAGAACCCAGAAGCUGCAGGCCCAGGACUGCCCCGCAGCCCAACUGAGCUCCAAGAGCUCCAGUACCGCCGCAGCCACUUGGCCAUGGAACUGCUCUGGCUACAGCAGGCCAUCAAUAGCCGUAAGGAGUACCUACUUCUCAGACAAACACUGGGAUCCCCAGAGGCAAGCCCAGACCACAGUGGACAGGCCUGUGAGGGAGCUGGGUCACAACCAGGCCCACCAGUGGAAGACCAGUGCUACAGAGACAGGACCACUAGAGAACCAGGUCCUGCAGACGACUCUUGCUGGAGGCUCCAAUCACAACCCCACAAGUCCCCAGAGAGACUGGCAACUACAGAUGAGACUACUGUUGGGAAGAAGUACAGGAACCCAUGCCACAGGAGGGCUCGACCACAGCUGCCCAUACCAUCAGAUAACUGGGCCAUAGAGAAGAGGCUCACCAAAGAGCCACACCAUGGGGACCACACCUUUGCAGGGACGUGCCUGCAGCUGACGAAACUCCUGGAGGACGAGACCCCUAAAUGCCUCAAUCCUAAGGGCCACUGUUCUGGAAAGGCCAGAACACAGCUGCCUACACUCUGUGUGGACCCAAACAUUGGAGAUAGGUCUCCCCGAGGGCCAGACCACAAAAAGCCUGAGUGCCAGAGAGUGAGGCCACAAGAGCCGGACCACUGCUCAGAAGACCGUGUCAUCCAGGAUGGAACUCUGACAGAACACGGUAGCCUGGAUCUCUGGAAGACUAAACCACCCAAGGGCCAGACCCCCAGUAGUAAGAGCUCCAGAGACAGAGCUUCCAAGGAGCCUGGCUCUGAAGGAUGGAAAAGCCAGAGGACUGGAUCAUGGAGAUCAAGGCCACCUGAAAAACCGUCUUCCACACGGUCAGACAGCAUGGGAGAGGACCACUGGAGGGGCAGGCUGUGGAAAACAGGACCACCAGGCUAGUCCUUGGGGAGGCUCAGGUUCCAAAGGGGGAUGCUAUGAAAGGGCAAGGAGACAGACAGGUCCUCCUCCUCGAUCUCUGGUACCACCUCUACCUCUUGCCCUGCCCUGCCCCCCCUUGGU